AUGGCAUUUCUGUCUACUUUUGGCUCGGAAAGGCCGCGGACUGUUUUCUUCAGAGGCAGCCGCUGGGACUCCACGCGAGGCGAAGUCCCCAGCAGCAGCGACAGCAGCAGCAGCAGGUCUCGCGUGAGGUUUUCGCGGGUGUCUCAGCCAGCGUACGACGCGUGGGACGUGGGAGGGGGCACAACAGCAGCAGCAGCAGCAGGCCCGCAGCAGCAGCAGCAGCAGCAGCACGGGGAGUUUCUCGUGGGGGGUGGGCCCAGUGGGUCUUCGGCUGGCAGCCACAGCGCAGUUGUGGGGGCCCACAUCGAGUUGCCUGCUGCUGCAUCUCCUUCCUCCGCAGGCAGCGUCUCUGGCGCCGCUGCUGCAGCGACUGGAGCCGGCGCGGCGACUGCAGCGACUGCAGCAGCAGCAGCAGCAGCAGCAGACGCUGCCCCCGGGGAAAGCUUUCUGCAAGUCUUGAGCAGCGCGGAUGCAUGCGCCCUCUCCAGCGGCAGCACAGGCCUGCGGGUGAGGAAGCUGCUGAGCUGGGGGGCCCUGGGGCUGCUGGCAGCAAAGCUGCUGCUGCGGCCAGACCGUUCGCUGCGGCCACGGAAAGUGCUGCUGCUGGACUUUGUGAGCACUUUGGCUGCGGGGCAGCUGCUGGAGCUGCUGCCCCCGUUCGAGCUGCGGGUGCCGCCGGAGCAGCAGCAGCAGCAGCAGCAGGGGGCCUUUGCGGACACCUGCGACCAGUACGCUGCAGCGCUGCUCAUAGAGGAGCUGCUGUGGCUCUUCACUCUCAAGUUUCUGCUGCGGCAAGCCGAGAGCCUCUUCGGCUACAGACAAGGAGAGUACUUAGCAGAAGAAGCUGGCUUUUGGGAGGACUCUGAGGCUUGCCAGUUGCAAGUUGUGGGCCCCAGCAGCAGCCCCCCAGACUCGCUGCAGGUGGCUGGCCCCAGGCGCCGCGCUGCAGCGCUGUGGGGCGUUCACUGGGGCAAGUAUCUGCAGCAGCUGCUGGUGCUGCUGGCUUGCGUCGCUGCAGCACAGCUCGUCACGCUGCUGCUGCUGACCCUCCUGGCCGCUCCCCUCGCCCCCCUCGUCGCGCUGCCUCUCUGGCUACUCCACAGAGACAACGCGGCCUUGCGCCGCUUCAUGGUGGCGUUUGCCUGGCCCAUGUGCACAGACUUGGUGCAGUUCUGCAGCAUCGACGCUCUCAUCCGCCGCAGGCCGCCCCCCACCCCGCCAAAAACAACCCAUGACUGA